AUGAACUGUGAGGUCUCAAGCUCUCUCGAACUUCAGGUCUUUGGACGCAACAACAACACGUUCUGUUCGCCCUUCGAGGGCCCUUACGGUCACAGCACCAACUGUUCCGACCUCGCUCAAGCUUGCUACCAGGGCUACGUCGUCUCUCCCAUGGUCAUGACGGAGGACGGCAACCAGACCGUGUACGUAGGCAACUUUGACAACGACACGAAGUUCGAAGAGUGCGCCAACAAGGUCGUUGGUCCCAAGGGCUGGUUCCAGCAGAACACCAGGAGCUUCCGAGGCUGCCAUCUCGCUUUCAACACCACGGACCAUAAAGAUCAGUUCAACUUCAAUGCGGCCUGGCCAAAGCACUCGAUCGAGAGCAAGUCGAUCAUGUUCUUCACCUACAUCGCCAUCAUUCUGUCGAUGCUAUCCUGCUUCGUCAUGGUGGGCGCCACCGAGUUUCCGCAGGUGCAUCACGGCCAGCACAGCCAGCAACGCCACCAUCUCCCUGCUCAGCUGAAGAAGGUGGGCCACGGCUCCUUGGGAAACAUCACCUUCCACCCCGAGUAUCUGUCUGAGCUCCAGCCGGCGGCUCGUGGGUUCUCCGAUGGAGCAGUCGCGCAUAGGCUGGACAAGCGAUUCGACUUUUGCACUUCGUGCGACUUGAACUUCUGGGACGAGGAGGGGUGCAAAGGCAACGUGUAUCGCGUUACGGUGUCAGAGAAGCCGCUCAACGCUAUUGACUGUGCGUACCCUCUUGGCUUCUGGACGUGCAGCAAUCCUGGUCUGACGGAAGGGCAGAUGCUGUGGGUGAGCUCUGCGGACCCCGGCUCCACGGCCCAGUCGGUGGUAACGAUGGACCAGUCCUGCUCGCCGAAGGGCCCGUCCAUCAAAGCAGAGAUCAAGCCACGCAGUGGAUGCACAUUCCUGGGCGCGGUCAAAAGCGACUUCGGACUGAGGUGCUAUCCUGGUGCCGGUUCACCCUUGCGCAAGCGUGGCGUUCUCACCAAGCGCCGCGGCAAUACGUGCCACGGCUUCCGGACGGACAAAGCAUAUGACUCGUGGUCCAACACGGUGCAAGUCAGCCCCAUAGUCGACUGCUCCAACCAGGAAAAAGACUGCUCGGUCUCAACAACUAAAACGGACACGACGAGUAUCGAGACUUCCUGGAGCGUUACGACCGGCGGCGAGGUCGAUAUUCCAGAGUUGUUCAAGUUUUCCGCCAGCUCAACAUUCGGUUCAAGCUACACUGACACCGUCGCCACGGCCACCACGGAAAACUAUCUAGUCAAAGCCGGCUACAUGGGCUUCAUCGGCGCAACGGCUCCGGUCACCGUCUUUGAAGGUACUUUCACCAGCUGCGACGACCGCAAAGAGUACCCAGGCAGGGUCUUCGCACUCAAGAAGAUGGCGCCUCAGUUCGGCAUUGUCUACACCAACUAG